AAUGUGACCAUGACGGGGGCGCGUCCCUGGUGCGUCACACCAAAACAGGAAGUGUUCAGAGUUUAACGGCUACAGCUAACUAGCUAGCCUGCGGAGUACAUGCGCAUUUUUUAUGUUUCAACAGGUGUUAAAAUCGUGUGGAGUGUCUGUCAGUGCUACAAACGAUAAGCUAAGCUAAGCUAAGCAGCAAACGUGAGUAAAUGUGCCCAUCGGCUUUUGUUUGUGGUGUUUAACUGAAACGGGAACUCUUGUCAGAAUGGAAAUUAGCCGACUAGCUAGCCGCUAAGCUAACGCUAGCUACAGGGCUCUCUGUAGUCCCUGGUGUCAGCUGUUCGUGUUCUGCCCUCUUUAGCUAACCAGACAGCACCGUAACAUGAAGUUAUGGAGGAGCGGAAGCUAAAGAGAAAGAGUCCCAGGACCUCCACUAACACGGCGGCUCCGACCGGAGGCUCUGGCCGGAAGAGCAGCGCUUCCUCCGGGGGACGGCACGGCGGCACCAGCCACAAUGCGGGGACUAACUCUAGCCAAAAGAGCAAAAAUAGGAGGGGAGUAAGAGACAAAUCCAGGCAUAAUUUAGGUGGUAAAUCUAGUCAGAGCCAGGGCCAGACAGCACCCACCAUCCAGCACUCUUUUCUGACUGAUGUGUCAGAUGUACAGGAGAUGGAGAAAGGCCUGCUCAGUCUCCUCAACGACUUCCACUCAGGGAAACUACAAGCAUUUGGCAAUGAGUGCUCCAUUGGCCAGAUGGAGCAUGUGAGGGAGAUGCAGGAGAAGCUGGCCCGUUUGCACUUUGACCUCUACAGUGAGGUGGAUGAAAUGCCCGAGGACCAGAGGAAAGUGGCUUGUGACACCAACAUGGACAAAUUACUUCUUAAUCUGGAGGAGCUGAGUUCUUCCAUUCAGAAACUGAAUCUGGCCGACUCCCAAGAGAUCCCGAGGACCGCCAGCAUCUGAUUCUUCUUCUCUUCUCCAACCCGUCUGACCAGCUGGAGGCCAGCUGGAGGGGCUGCAGUGGUGAAGGAGGAGUCGAAGCAAGCUUGAGGAUCUGUUUCUCUUAAGUAUUUUGUCAGAAAUGACAAAAAAAAGGCUGUUCACCAGCGUUGUGUCUGUACAGCGGGAUGGAUGUAUUGUAAGAUGUCACAACUGGGAUGCACCAGCUGCUGACAGUGACUUUGAUUGAUUGAUUGAUUGAUUGAUUGAUUGAUGAUUGAGUUGACUUUUCUCUUGCAGUCAGAGUUUAUAGGGAAGUUUAAUGUCUGUGAGAUCUGAGGGAUGGUUCAGAUUUAGUGAAGUGGGGUUUGUACGAGGUAGUUAGUCCACCAUCAGUGUAGAUGCAGCAGCAAAACAGAUUUUAGACACCGAAAAAAUGACCCACCAAAAAAAAAAAAUCUGAAUUUAUUUAUUUAUUUUGUUCCUUUCAUGAAGAUGGACAACAAAAUGUGUACAGAGACAAACUCUACACCUUCAUGAUUGGAAAGGAGCAGAAGAAGAAAACAUUUCUUAUAUUUGUCUGCCCCCUACUUGAACAAUAAAAAUAAAAAAAGAUGGUCUGACAUCACAUACAAUUGAUUUUCAGUAGCCUACACCAACAAAACUUUGAUUAUAACAAAACACUUAAAACAACAAAAACAAACAAGAUAAAAAGCAAACAAAAACCCAUACCAGUACAUGUUUUUAUCUCAAAAAAAACAAACAAAAAAAACAACUGAUCAUAAACAAUCAGUUUAAGUUUCCAGUACAUAUUGACAAUUUUUUCUUUUUUUUGUACAUUUUUAAAAAUCUAUUAAUAUCUGUAUCCUGUAGUUGGGAAUUGCAUAUUUUUACAAUUAUCUUAUAAUUAUUAUUAUAAUUAUCUAUACUCGUCAAAGCCACCAGACUCCACUGACAAAAACAUUUAUUUUACCAGACUGUUUUUAAUGGUGAGUUCACACAAUAUCACAAACAAACAAACAAACGGAUUGAGGCAGCGAUAGACCAGCAUUAGAAGUACUGUACUUGACUUUAUUAAAUACAUUUCGAGGUACUUUACUUGAGUAUUUUACCAUUUUAUGUAACCUCACACUUCUACUCCACUAUAUUUAGCUGCAGGCUUUAGUUACUUUUCAGGUUUUUUUAAAGAAAAUUUUAUAAAUCUUACCACAUAACAGUAUAUUAAGUUGGUAAAAUUAGCUCUCCCUUAAACACAGUAAAAAGCUGUUUAAAUGAUGAAUCAAUAGUAAAAACCUCAUAAUAUAUAAAGGAAAAUAUAUUUUUAUACAUAUAACAAUCUGCUUAGGGAGUACUUUUUUUCAUAUUUUAAGUAUUUUCUGGUACUUUGAUAACUUCAGUAAAUAUAAUGUAGUAGGGCUGGGCGAUAUGGACCAAAACUCAUAUCCCGGUAUGUUAAGGCUAAAUGGCGAUAUACGAUCUAAAUUGGUAUUUUAACCCAUUGAGGCCUGAAACGCCUGUAAAACCUCUGGGCGAUUUUAAAAUCAGCCCCUAAAACCUGAAGUUUUUCUGGAAAUUCAACAGAAGUGUCAACUCUUCUACUAAAUAAUAGAUUUUUCAGCCUCUGUAGCAGAUAGAAAUGAAAUUCAAAAAGUAUUUGAGAGCUUAUACAAAUACUACAAAAAGACGUAUCCGCUUUUCAGGCUUCAAUGGGUUAAACAAAACGUGCAAAAUGUUUAGUUUUAACUCAACGUCACAAGUAAUCAUCAUCAACCUGGUUUUUUUUUUGUUGUUUUUUUUCAAACUUUUUUUUAUUGGGUUUUGCAGAUGAGUACAACCGUAUUAAAACAUACAAAGAGUAAAUUAGUCAUUUUUUCUUAUAGAAAAAAACAAACAAACAACAAAAAACAAAAGUGAUCAUGGAAGUAUUGCUGCAUACCCGAACAACCCACAGAACCAGAACAGCCACAAAAAACAAACAAAAACAUGACGAGACGUAAUCAAAUUCCAAACCUUCCACCUUUUGAAACAAUUCGUUUGCGGCAUCUUUUGCAAACAACGUCGUGUUGCUCUUCAAUAGGUGAAGGCAACAUCAAAAGGUAUUAUAUUAUAUAUCGGUAUGGUGCUAUUGUCUCAACUGCCUAUCUCUUUCUAAAAUAUUUUGGUAUAACUCAUAAUACUGUGAUAUACCGCCCAGCCCUAGUAUGUAGCACGUUUACUUGUCUUGCAGUAUUUCCCCAGCGUGGUGUUCUCUGAAGCCAAGGAUAUGACCACUGCCUGUCUCUCCACUAGAUAAAGUUGCUGUUUAUGUCAAUGAGUCUGGUUGCUUUGACGAGACCAUAAAAUCACUUCACUUAAAGUUAAAAAGCUGUCUGAGAGCAAGAUAACGCUGAAAAUCUUCUAAAUAUGGCGGUACAUCGCUCAGGUUGCCUUCUGACCAAGGUUAUUAUAGUUAACGAAAACUAGAAUUAAAAAAACAAUUUUGUUAACUGAAAUAAAAUAAAAAAUGACUAAAACUAACUAAAAUUAUAGUGAAAAUGUCCUUCGUUUUCGUCUUUGUCAACUUUUUUUAAAACAUAAACCUUUUAGUUGAUAUGAAAUCUGUUUCAUCUAUCUGGUUUUAUGACUUAAUAAACUUAUUGGGGCUGAGAUGGAUCAGACAAAGGAAAUAAAGGAAACAUUUAUUGUGACUUUUUUAAAUAUUGCACCCAACAAAUACCCCAUUACAAAAAACUAACACUAAAACUAAUAAAAACUAAACUAAAACUAGGCAUUUUCCAAAAAAAAAAAAAAAAUUAAAACUAGCAAACACACUCUAAAAACUCAUUAAAACUAACUGAAUUUGAAAAAAAAAAUCAAAGAAAUUAAAACUAAUGAAAAAUCCCAAACUAUUCUAACCUUGCUGCUGAUGGAUAAAUAUCUCAUACAACCCCACUUCAAUAAAUGCAAACUAUCCCUUUGAGCUGCUUCAGACCUAUAAUAGUGCAGUUUACUACAUAUUGGCAUUGGUGCAUCCCUGUUACAACCUGUCAACUUUAGUCUCUUCACUAAUUCCCAAACAGUCUAGAUUUGUAAACCAAUGCUAACCAAAGUGAUACUGAUAGAAACACUCACCUUGUUUGUGUCCAACAGUUAAAUCCAUGAAUAUAUAACUCUGUUGCACUUUGUACCAUCUGUCACGAGACAAUCUGUAACUAAAGCUCAAAUAAUCAAAAUCUAGUGACAGAAGUGACGUGUUUCUGAACUGAGAGCUUUAAACCCGAGCUAAGAUCUUCAAUCUGAGACAAUAAAACACCCCAAGAAUGUUUCUAUUGAAAUGCACAGUGGAUUUUGACCAUAGAAACAAAGCAUUUUUUGGUUUUUGCAUAUGAUUUCUUGCUACGUGUGCGUGGCCUGAUAUCACCUCCAACACCUCGUUCAGUGUUGAAUAUAUUUGCACAUAUCCAUGCAACAUGAAACACACUGCACAGUGUCACUGGUGUGUUGUUUUGACGCUGGGAAACGCUCAAUAAUCCAAAUGUCGACAUCACAACCAUGCCUUAAUUUGUCCAUUUCAUCUUUUUUUUUUUUGCCUUAUUGGUUUUAACCUUUUAAUUGACUUGGAUUGAGUGUUUUAAGAGAAAAUAAUCAUUUGAUGCUGCUUUGAUUGUAAAUCCUACUUUGUUCUGUCACUUUUUAUUUUAACCAGUGUUGUGUGGGGUUAUUUUAAUUAAGUGUUUUAACUGUUUGGUGAUUUUAUUUCUAUUGACUUAAUAAAUAUGUUGUCUGAA